AUGUCGAUCAAGAUAGAGGUUUUACUGUUUACUUUCUCUACCAAAGUCGUUCCUGGCAGAAUCGGUACUUGCGAAAUCGUCAACUGCCCACAAACCCCUACUAAUCAAGUGCGAUCUAUUGUUAUCGCCAUAGUGGCCCUAUGGAGCCGUUCUUCAUCUGAACGCGCUGCCUAUUUCCUUCGCACCACCGCGAUAACACGCCACAAAAUGAGCCAAACAACACAAACGCCGAACUCUGCUAUCGUGUAUUAUCUUAUGGAGAUUUCAUGGUUCGGCAGGACUGCUGUGAAGUAUCGCUUGCGAUGCCUCUCUGAUAGGAGGCGAUGCGAGUGCGUCUGUGCACUUCGCGCAUCGAUUUCUGAAGAAUGUGGAUUCGCCGAAGCUGCACCACCACCAGCCCCAUCAGCAGAACUACGCCGACCAGCAAAGUCCUGUUUCGACUUAUUUCAAUAA